AUGGCAGAAAACACGAGGCUCAAAACUUUGGAGGCGGAGCUGAAACGCUUGGGUCAGCGCAUCGAGGAGGUCUCCGAUGAGACUCGUGCUGAACGUGCGAGAGCCACAGAGGCUACGAGUUUGAAGUUUGACGCCAUUCAAUCCUCGUUGACGCAAAUCAUGCAGGAACAAUCUCGAUCUCGCUCUCCAUCGAGGGGUUUCUCCCAUGGUUCGAACUCUGGUCAUGGGGUGGAUAAUGUGACUCGAUUGGCUCAGCAUAGCCGAGUGAAGUUUGAUUUGCCCAAGUUUGAUGGCUCAGAUGCUCUGGGGUGGAUAUUCUCCAUGGAUCAAUACUUUGAGUUUUUCAAAAUGCCAGACGAUGAACAACUUGGGAUCACUGCAAUCCACAUGGUCGGGCCUACGAUUCCGUGGUUUCAAAUGUCUCAACGAUCGGCCCAAUUUCGUUCUUGGACACAGUUGAAGAGAGCAAUCGAAUUGGAGUUUGGCCCUUCUCUUUUCGAAUCGCCUAGAGAACUCCUUUUCAAAUUGCAGCAGCAAGGUACUGUAGGUGAAUAUUACGCUACUUUUGUUGCCUUGGCUAGUCGAUCUCAUAUUGAACCUCCUGAGGCUUUGAAGGAUUGUUUCAUUGGUGGGUUACGAGCUGAUAUUCGCAGAGAGGUGAAGGCUCAGUGCCCUCCUUCGUUGAUGCGCGCCUUGACUUUGGCUAGAAUGCAGGAGGAGAAGUUUGCUUCGAUUCCAAGAACCACCUAUAAUACGUCCCAACCUCGCUCGGCGAAUCCUUCUUACUCGGCUUUACCACCAUCGAAGAAUUCGGUUCGGAGGCUUUCCCCUGCCGAGAUACAGGACAAGAGGGAUAAGGGUUUGUGUUAUUGGUGUGAUGAGAAAUUUUCAGCUACUCAUCGCUGCGCCAAUAAACAAUACCUGCAACUUCACCUUGAAUUGGAUGAUUCUAUUGAUGCUGACCCUGAAACUACAGAUGACACUAAUGUUGAUCUUACUUUGGAGGCUCUAGAACAGGAGGUUGCUGCCCAUCAAUUCUCUUACAAUGCCAUGCAUGGCACUAGGGGACCUGCUAUGAUCAGAUUCACUGCUGUUAUUAAUGGACAUGAGGUGCACACGUUAUUGGAUGGGGGGAGCUCGGAUUGCUUUAUCCAACCCCGUAUUGCCAAGUUUCUGAACUUACCAAUUGAACCUGCUCCUGGCAUUAAGGUCAUGGUUGGUAAUUUUCAAAUUCUGCCAGUGGAAGGCGUGAUCCCCAGUUUGGACAUCACUAUAUCGGGCAAUACUAUCAGCAUCCCUGAGGUCUUUGUUCUUCAUGUUGCAGGGGGUGAGUUGGUCAUUGGAUCCAAUUGGUUAGAAUCUCUUAAAGCUCACAUUGCUGACUAUGAUUAUUCUUUUUUGAGGUUUAUGCAUGAUGGAAAAUUUAUCACAAUUCAAGGGUACAAAACAGCUCCUUCGUCACAGGCUCAGUUCCAUCAUAUUAGACGAAUGCUCUCUACUGAUGCACUAGCUGAGAUGUUUACCUUAGAGGUCCAGCAUUCGACGGUGCCUGCAACUCCACUAUUGCAAUUACCCGAUUCACUUAACCCAGCUUUGGGCAAAUUGCUUCAGCAAUAUGCGGGUGUAUUCAAUGUGCCUUCGGGUUUACCCCCUCAGAGGUCACAAGAUCAUGCAAUUCCUUUAAUUAAGGGUACUGAACCAGUGAAGGCUCGCCCUUACCGUUACCCUCAUCAUUUGAAGUCUCAGAUAGAGUCCAUGGUGAAUGAGAUGUUGCAAGAGAGUAUAAUACAGCCUAGUAAGAGUCCGUUCUCUUCACCAAUUCUCUUGGUUAAGAAAAAGGAUGGCACGUGGAGAUUUUGCACAGACUAUAGAGCUUUAAAUGCCAUCACUGUAAAGGAUGGAUUUCCAAUUCCUACUGUAGAUGAACUCUUAGAUUAA